AUGGCUUUCAGAUUUCCAGAUCCGCGACUGCGAGUCGACGACGAAUUCUUGACCGGCAUCACCGUCAAAGGGCCCGUCGCCCGUACAACGACCACUUCAAACUCUAGCACCACACGAGAAAGUCCUCCGAAUGGAAUCUUGCCGAUAGAAGUAUCCGCGUACAACGAAGCUACAGACGCCCAACCCGUCCCAUCACCGAAGCGCAAAAACAUAGUCUUUGCGGACCCUUUCGCUUUUCGAUAUCUCGAAGAAGACAGCAAUGUUGUCGUCGUCGAGCGUCGAGGUGUCUUGCGCGGAUACGAGUCCUAUUUAGUCGAGCAAUGGGCGUGCUCUCGAAAACCACCGACACUAUUGAUCGUUACUUAUACUGGAGAUGAGAAGCAUUCAGUCGUUGUCAGCGUCCUCUCUGUACCUGUGGACGAGAACCUCUGGCCCCCGAGAUUAAAAUUCUAUUUCGACCAGCUACAAGAUUCCCAUGCGCGACCAAAGGAUACUGAGCUAGGAGAGCUCAUGGUUACGAACCUGAGCAAUUUCCCUUCGGCUCUCACCGUAAUUAUGGUUCCCGAGGGUGAUAUCAGGAAAUACCGCUCAUCUUUCAUCGUCAACGAGGAUUUGAAACGGCUGGGGUGUUCUGGACGAUCAGGAAUGACUCUUUCAGAUCCCACUGAAGCAACACAGCUCAAGUUUCUACAGCUUUACAAGACCAGUGACCGAGUGCCUGUUGCGCAGGCUGUUGUUGAGCUUAUCAAACUAUGCCAAGUCACCUUAUAUAUGUUUGACAAAUUAGGCCACCAAUACAUCGAUGGGUUGCUUUGUGACAAAACAGAGAUGGCCAUCAACAACUGGUGGAUCGAGGUCGGUGCUGAGCACUACAACUUCGAGCCUACCGAUGGCAUAUUGGGUCCGAGUACAGUCGCUGCCCUGCUGGGAAUGUUUAUGGGUGUCCGAAAUCGGCUACAUUGGUACGGUGAGCCUGUAUCGAAAGACGUAUUCGACCUUGAAAGCACAAAGCGCGGAAUUAGCCAUUUUCAAAAGGCACAGAAACUCGAAAAGACAAGAAGGCUGGACCGCCAAACCCUUCUCAAGCUCUAUGCUGUAUCUGCAAAGGCUGCUGCUGGAGAGAGCUGGGGUGUGCAAAGGGCUGUCAAAUCCACCCUCACAGAAGUAGGAGGCAAAAGGGGUGAGCUUGUCAUGGGCAUGGUAUCGGGAAAAGACAAAGGAGGGCUUGCCGAUAUCGAAACCCUUGACAUCGGUACUUUUGCAAACCUUGCAUACGGCGAACGAGCCAAAUGGCUUUGGCACGGCAAACCUCGAAGAAGUCCUGCCGAGAUACCUACCCACAGCCCGGAAUUGAACAAGACGGUGCCUUGGAAAGAGGAUGAGUCAAAUCCAAACCCCAAACGAGUCUACUCUGCGCCUACAGAGACGGAGCUGGACCCCAAGCGGCUUGAAGACACCACCGAUGUCUAUGUAGCCCAUCCCUCUGGAUCUGCCGUCAGUAUCCCCGAUGGCUCGGGUGAUAAAGAGGCUUCAAAGAAGAACGUGUUCAAAAGUGUUGCUGGAAAAAUGAGUGAUGCCAGAUCUGGCUUUGGACGCAUAAAGGACGUUGUCGGGGGAGGCUUACGUGGUCACGCCAAUCGGCCUUCAGUCUCAACUAAAGAUGACUUUGCGGGAUCUGAUCCAAGAACCUCUAGCUCAGGACUCACUACGGGUUUGUCACAGCCCCAAGCACCUACGCAGGGAGUAGGUCGGGCGUUUACGUGGAAUAAUAAACCACAGGAGUAUUUAGCUGCCAUGAAACGAGCAGAUGCGGAAGGGGUUUCGACUUUCCCUCAGCUUUCGCAUUUUGCAUCCACUUCAACAGUUGACAUCAAGGCAGCCUCAGCUCCUGUCGACCCCCAGAAGCGCGAAAUGGAAGGCGACUUAUUUGAUCUGGGCAUCAAAGUUCGGAAAGGUAUCCUGUCGAAGGCGCCUUCGGCUGUUGGGUCUUUAGUGGACGAGAGUGACCUCCAAGGACCAUUCUUGGAAGCAGAACUCAAAGACGAUAUUUCCAAGAAGAGGCUUUCGCGCAGACACAGUAUCCAGCUAUCACAUUGCCCAACCAAGCGUGUGCUCAAUGAGAACCGCUGGCCGCGACGAAUGUCGUUCAGUGACGCUGAAGAGGCUGUGUUGGAGUGGGAACAGUUGAUCGAUGUCACCGAUGCCACGGACGAUAUCUCCACUCUCGAAGCUUUUAAUUACCUAGCUCACCACUUCCAUCAAUGCAUGGAAGAGAUGAGGAAUGGUAUGGGACCGUGGGUCUGUGAGAAAAUCAAAGCGAUUGAGCUUCUUGAUGACCGCUUCGCCAAGGAUAAGGAGGAACUCCAUGCCCUCUAUUACCAGCUAAACGAGGCAUGUCAGCGCAUGCGCAUUAGUUCUCAUGAGCUUCUGGCAGAAGAAAGGUCUCACCUUACAGAAGGCCUCAAAGAGGUCGAGGUUCUCAUCGCUCGUCUUGACUACGAGAUUAAUGCAUUACUACAGAAAGUUGUCGAUGUUGAAGACGGCAUCGUUACGUUUGAGAGGCAAGUUGAGGAAAUGGAGAAGCGGGCUAAAGAUCUCAAGAUCCAUCUUGAGACCGAAGGCUGGUUCCACUGGCUGUUCAGGACAAUCACCGGAAUCGGAACAGGACCAGAUAUUACCCGGUCAUCUUAA